CAGGAAACGCAUGCGCGCAGAGGAAAACCGACCGGUUUGUGUCAAGUCGAGGCAGACGGAUGUGAUCGAGCCAAAAAUCACCUGUAUUCUGGCAUUCAUGGUGACACAUCCAUGGGCUCAGAGCGGCUGGAGAUGCGCAAGAGACAGAUGCAGGUUCAUCAGGAAGCAGCUGCCAGUGUCCUCCAAGCGCGCCACAGAAUGGGAAACACCCCCACCAACGCCUCAAACGCCUGCUGCUUCUGCUGGUGCUGCUGCUGUAGCUGCUCCUGUUUGACUGUUCGGAGCGAGGACGAGACAAUACAGAGGUCCACUUUCGAGCGCAGAACAGAGGGAAACGCUAAUUGUGAAGAAAGCCCGAAGCCUACUCUGGAUGACGCUCGCUGCUGGUCGAUGUCGUUUGAAAAGGUGAUGAAAAGUGCAGCGGGUCGCGGCUGCUUCAGGCAAUUCCUGCGGACGGAGUUCAGCGAGGAGAACAUGAUGUUCUGGCUCGCCUGUGAGGACCUCAAAAAGGAGACCAACAAGACUGUGGUGGAGGAGAAAGUCCGGCAAAUAUACGAGGACUUCAUCUCAAUCCUUUCCCCUAAAGAGGUCAGUCUGGACUCUCGUGUUCGAGAGGUGAUAAACCGCAACAUGCUGGAGCCGACCUCGCAAACGUUCGACGACGCCCAGCAGCAGAUCUACACGCUGAUGCAGAGAGACUCGUACCCUCGCUUCAUAAACUCGUCGGCGUACACGGAUCUGUUGAAGACCCUGGAGGAGCCUCCCCCCGAGCCAUAAGACUGACUCUCCAAUGACACACAGUUAGCUUUUCAAAAAAUGGCGCAUGCGUCCCACCCGAAGGAGUUUUGUGUUCCUGUUGGAGUCCUGCUAUUUAGAGAAAGACAGACAGGAAAAUGAACACUACUUAAAACCGGUCUUUAUCCAGCUGUUAACUGCUGUUUAUUUACCCACGCUUACCAAAAUACUUGGAGCAAACAAGAACACAUGCUGGCUCCAGCAUCAGUUACUUGUUUGACAACAUAUCUAUAUUUUUAUAUAUUCCCUAGCGCUUGACAUUGCACUUUUCUACCUUGUUUAAUGAGGGAAAGCAUGUAUCUGUGAGCACUGCAUUUGUAUUUAGGUAUAUUGUGAGCCUUAAUGCAUAUCCAGUCCUUGUAGAAACCAAUAGGUUUUAUUUAACAGUAACUUAAGAAGAAGGAAAGUGCCUUGGAAUAAGAUCUUCUACACUAGCACCUUUGGUCGAACAUGAAUGGUGCAACAAUGACUUCAUACGUUGGUGCUUUCAGCU